AUGGCUUCUAUGCUAACCACCACAAGCACAAGCGCAAGCACAACCUCCACUACGUUUACGUCAAUCCCAACCAUCCAAAGCCCUGCCUUCAAGAACCAGAACCACUUUCUGCACGAUAUGCCUCUCGACCAAAGAAGCUUUAUUGGCGGGCUGCUUUGCGCCUUCAUGCUAUUUGUGCCCAUCUGGUUCUUCCUGAGCCGUCGGCUACGUUCCAGGAACACUCAAAGCUACCACAGAGUCAUCGCAAGAAUUCGACAAGACCAAGAUGCCCUCCGCCGCCGUACCGAAGCCCUUUUCGACCUUUACACCACCAGAAACCAAGCCUCGAACUUCGAGAAGAACAGACUGCGUAUCGUAGCCUCGGAGCUGGAGUUGGCGAGAGUGGGGCUGGUACAAAGAGAACUGGGACUGCAGAAUACCUCGCUUCAGCACUUGACCGAUAGGCAGAACAUUGCUAUGGAGAUGGACCGGUUGAACGCUGCCAAAAUGGCCUUUGCGAGUGAGAGACGAGCCUUCGAGGGACAGCAACUGAGAGAGCGUCAAGCUGCGCAGCUAUACCGCGACGCGACCAUGAGACAAAUCGCUGACGAAGCUGAUGAUAUCCGACGAUUACGAGGCGUGGCGUUCGCUGAUACACAAAAUUAA